UCUAUCCCGCUUGCUCACAGUCUUUGCUUCAACAAUGGCUAAUGCCACUUCUCUGUCUACUCCACUUGGAACUGCCGCCUGCGAGAAGCAUGCGAAGGAUAUUCAGUUCAUCGAAGAGAUGACCAAGAAGGCUAACACCGUCCAGGAGGCGGUUUUGGCUGAGAUCUUGACCCGAAAUGCCGAGACUGAGUAUCUCGGCCGAUACCAGCUUAACGGCGCAACCGAUCGGGAGACAUUCAAAUCAAAGAUACCAGUAAUCACCUACGAGGAUAUUCAGCCUGAGAUCCAACGCAUUGCCAAUGGUGAUCGUUCCUCCAUCCUCUCCAGUGAACCCAUCUCUGAAUUCUUCACUAGCUCUGGAACUUCCGGCGGUGAGAGAAAGCUCAUGCCCACAACUCAAGAAGAGCUGGAUCGCCGUCAAUUUCUUCAUAACCUUGUGACACCAUUCAUGAACCUUUACGUUCCAGGUCUAGAACAGGGGAAGGGGCUAUACUUCUUGUUCGUCAAAUCCGGAACCAAGACUCCCGGCGGGCUAUUGGCACGUCCAGCUCUCACUUGCUACUACAAUAGCGAUCUAUUCAAGAACAGACCCUACGACCCUUACAAUGUAUACGCUAGCCCCAUCGAAGCCAUCCUCUGCACCGAUUCCUUCCAGAGCAUGUACACCCAGAUGCUAUGUGGUCUCUACCAACAAAAACAAGUCCUUCGUGUCGGCGCCGUGUUCGCCUCUGGGUUACUCAGGGCGAUCAGAUUUCUCCAACUCAACUGGCAACAACUCGCCCAUGACAUUUCCACCGGGACCUUGAAUCCCAAAAUCACCGACCCAUCCAUCCGCGAUUGCAUGUCGGGAGCCCUGAAACCAAACCCUGAACUCGCCGGAUUUAUCACCGACGAGUGCUCCGGUGGGAAUUGGGAAGGAAUCAUUUCCAGAAUCUGGCCAAACACCAAGCUCAUUGACGUGAUCGUCACAGGUUCCAUGGCCCAAUAUAUCCCAACCCUCGAUUACUACAGCGGCGGCUUGCCGAUAGUAUCCACCAUUUACGCUUCCUCUGAGUGCUACUUCGGCAUCAACCUUAAACCAAUGUGUAAGCCCUCUGAGGUAUCCUAUACAAUCUUACCCAACUUUGCCUACUUCGAGUUCCUUCCUCACGAACUGAGUGCCGGCGACUCACCUCCACGUCUCGUUGACCUGGUGGACGUGGAAGUUGGAAAGGAGUACGAACUGGUGGUCACCACGUACGGCGGUCUUUAUAGGUACCGAGUUGGGGACAUACUCCGAGUUGCCGGGUUCCACAACUCGGCUCCCCAAUUCCACUUCGUGGGGAGGAAGAACGUUCUUUUAAGUAUCGAAGCAGACAAGACCGACGAGGCCGAUUUACAGAAAGCGGUAGAGAGCGCAUCGGAGUUGCUGAAAGAGUACAACACGAGCGUGGUGGAGUACACGAGCUACGCUGACACGAAGAGCAUUCCGGGGCAUUACGUGAUUUACUGGGAGUUGCUGGUGAAGGACCCGGAGAACGUGCCCGGUGAGGAGAUGAUGAAGCAGUGUUGCUUGGCCAUGGAAGAAUCGAUGAAUUCUGUUUACAGACAAGGGCGAGUGGCGGAUAACUCGAUCGGACCGCUGGAGAUAAGGGUUGUGAAGAGCGGCACAUUUGAGGAACUCAUGGACGAUGCCAUCUCAAGGGGAGCCUCCAUUGGUCAAUAUAAGGUGCCGAGGUGCAUCAAGUUCGCACCUGUGUUGGAGCUACUAGACUCCAGGGUCAUCUCUGCUUGUUUCAGCCCUGCUUGCCCUCAUUGGACCCCAGAACGACGACGAUGACCAGACUUCAAUGGAAAAUCUGGAAGAAAAAAAUCCAUUUUCCCCUUCUUAUUCACUCUCUUGCCCUCUCUGUCUCAUCGUGAUAAGCAUUUAAGCUUUUCAAAGUGGUUUUUUAGAAUCUAGAUUGUGAUAAUCGAGUCUGUUUGUAAAAGCCUCAUUCCUCCAACGAUGCUCUCUGGGGUGGUGGUGAUGGCAUGAAUUUGUAAAUUAGUUGAAAUGUGGAUGGUAUUAAUUAAAUUACCUACGUGGUGUCUGAGAAU